ACCCUUCUCAAUGAUAUGGAACAAGAAAAAGUGGAACUACGGCGUCAGCAUUCGCAGAACAUUAAAAAUAUGCUUGACGAGACAAAUACAAGGUUGGAGAAAAUGGAGGAAGCAUACAAAAAGCAAAACGAUGGCAAUAUAAAUAUGAUCAAAGAUCUGGAGGGUAGAGUUCAAGAACUUGUUCUUGAAGCAGACUCAAUUUCUAAGAAGCGAAAUGUUUUGGAAACGGAAAAUGAAGAACUACAAACAUCCAUUGACAACCAAAAGGAAGAAAUACACUCAUUAAAACAAAGUGAAUCCAAUCUAUCAGAAAAACUCAAUGAUUUGCAACAACAACACAGUAAAAAGGUUUCAGACAUGGAAGAACAGUUCAGAACAACACAUGCAAACACGGAAAAAAAACACAAAGAACUUAAUAGCAAGCUAUCAGAAUCGAAUAUUGAACAAGGAAAAUGUAUCCAGCAGCUAAAGCAGAAACUCCAAGACACAGAAAGCGAACGGCACAGACAAAUUAAGGAAUUACAAAACACUUAUAAUGCUGAUAAACAUAAUCUGGAAGAGCUCCAUGAUAAACAGGUCCAGUCACUUGAGAAUGAAUUAUCACAAGCUCAAAUAAAGUAUCUUAAAUCAUUACAAAAGCUGGAAUCAAUGGUCAGAGAAAAAGAAAGUGAAAUAGUAGAAUUGAAAAAAAAAUUGACGGAGCAGAGCAAACAGACUGAAAAAUAUGUGGAGCAGCUAAAGAAGGAAUUUGCAGCAGACAGAAACAAACUCUAUAAUGAAAUGAAUUCACAGAUUAUAAAGACAGAAGACAAACUUCAGCAUUCUAAACAGCUGCUUGAGAAACAAAUGCAAGAAUUUACCAAAAGUAUGGAAGAGACAAAAUCAAAAUAUAUCUCUGAGCUUUCAGAAUUAAAGCACAAAUCUGCAGAAGAAAAUUCUAAAUUGACUAAAGAACAUGAUUUAGAGAAGGAGAAGCAAUCAAAACAAUUUAAUAAGCAGCAGGAAGAACUGCAAUUAAUUUGGAAAUGCAAAGUUGAAGAAACUGAAAAAUUAUUGAUUGACCAGAGGAAUAUGUUUUCUAAGCGGGUCAGUGAUUUGGAACAGGAGGUACGCACAAGCCAGGAGAAAUUCUUGCAGAAUGAGCAAAACUACAAACAGGAGAUGUCUGAGAAAGAACUACGACAUGAGGGCGAGAAGAAGAAACUUGUUCGCCAACAGGAAGAUGAGGUCAGCAAAAUGCAUACCCAGAUGGAACACCACCGGAAUAAUAUUCAGAAACACCAUACUGAAGAAAUGAACAAAAUUAUUGAAAAGACCUCUUCAGAAUUAAAGAAUUUAGAGAAAGAAUUCUCUACAAGGACUCAAAUAACUAAUACUACUAUCUCUGACCUCCAGAAUACUAUUUAUAAGUUGAAGGAUGAUUUGAAAAGACAAAAAGAAGGGAGUGAGAAAAUGAAUUGUAACCUCCAGGCGAAACAUGAAGAGAAAAUUAAAAUGAUUCGCCGACAAAAUACUGCUGCUCUCAUGGCUCUGCAACAGAAAUAUGAUGAAGAUUAUUCAAAAGCUCGAAAUCAUGAACGACAACUUGAGCAGCAAAUCAGCCACUAUGAAGAAAAGCUUGCCGAGAUCCAGAUCCAUUAUGAAAAUAAAAUCAAAGGUCUGAUGCCACCAUCUGUCCAUCGCAGAAAAAACACAACAGAACAAAAAGCACGAAUGUGUUCACAUAAACAGCACAAUCUGGGCAAGACCUGCCAGGCUGAUUUCAAAGCUUGUGUACCCCAUGGAACUGGAAGAAACGAUUCGAUCACUGAAGGUACAAGUGUCAGCCCUCCAAAAACGCGUUACUUUAUUACAAAACGACCGUCGAGAAACAAUUAAAGGAUUCUACAGUCCAAGUUACUCUUAUCCAGAACCAACAUACAGACCAAUAGCUUCACCUUAAUUUUGACUCAACACUUGCAGAAACAAAACACAUUUUCAACAUUUCUUCCAUAUAUAUAAAUAAAAACAGAAAAAAAAAAUGCAACAAAA